GGCCGGGGUCGCAGCAAAUCAGGGCGCGCACCCCACCUUUCGGACUCCCACUCGCCCCGAAGGUAAACCCCGCUUCUCGAUUGUUAAUCAUCUGUCUGUCCGUCUCCGCCUUCUGAACUUCUGACCGAUUAGUCUGCUAUCGCAUCGCUUUUCUUCCUUUUCACACAUUACUUGUUCAAUUGUGCGAUAUGAUUGACAUCGACGACGCUCUCGAGAAGCUCUCCCAGACAGAUAAGGUCCGCCUGCUUUCUGGCGCCGACUUCUGGCACACUGCUGCCGUUCCUGAGCUUGGAAUCCCAGCUCUUCGUUUCACCGAUGGUCCUAACGGUGUCCGUGGAACCAAGUUCUUCAGCGGUGUCCCUGCUGCCUGCUUCCCUUGCGGAACCGGUCUCGGUGCCACUUUCGACUCUGAUAUCCUGUACCAGGCCGGUGUGACCAUGGGCGAGGAAGCCAAGGCGAAGGGUGCUCAUGUUAUUCUCGGCCCUACCUGCAACAUGCAGCGUGGACCUCUUGGCGGCCGUGGUUUCGAGUCGUUCUCUGAGGAUCCCGUUUUGUCUGGCCUUUCGGCUGGUGCCAUCAUCGCCGGUAUCGAGAGCACGAACGUGACGGCGACCAUCAAGCACUACGUCUGCAACGAUCAGGAGCACGAGCGCAACAGUAUCAACUCGAUCCUCACCGAGCGCGCGCUCCGUGAGAUCUACCUCAUGCCUUUCCAGCUUGCCAUUCGUGACGCGAAGCCGGGCGCAGUUAUGACUGCCUACAACAGAGUCAAUGGUAUCCACGUCAGCGAGGAUCCUUAUCUUCUCGACGACAUUCUUCGUAAGGAGUGGGCCUGGAAGGGUCUCGUCAUGAGCGACUGGUACGGAACUUACUCUACCUCGGCCGCUAUCAACGCCGGUCUUGAUAUCGAUAUGCCUGGCCCGACUUCUUUCCGAAGCUUCCUCGUCGAGCGUGACAUCAACGCUAAGCUCAUCCAACAGCACACUCUCGACGAGCGUGUCCGGACUGUGCUCGAACUCGUCAACAAAGCCGAGAAGGCCGGCAUCCCUGCCGACGUCGUCGAGUCUGGCCGCGACAUCCCCGAGACUGCGGCUCUGCUGCGCAAGAUCGCCGGCGACGCCAUCGUUCUUUUGAAGAACGAGGAUAGCGUCUUGCCGCUCAGCAAGACCAAGACUACUGCCGUCAUCGGUCCUAAUGCCAAGAUCGCCGUCUACUGCGGUGGUGGAUCUGCGUCGUUGGUUCCGUACUAUGCGAUCACUCCGUUUGACGGUAUCAGCGCCAAGAUCACGUCCGGCGGCGUGACCUACGUCGAGGGUGCUAAGGGAUACAAGAUGCUGCCCGUCAUUGGACCCAACACCACUACUCUCACCGGAAAGAUGGGUGUUUCUUUCCGUACCUUUGUCGAUCCUCCUGAGGUCACCGACCGUGAGCACGUCGAUGAGCAGGAGCUCCGGACCGCUGACAUGUUCUUGGUCGACUAUGCUCACCCGGCUAUCAAGGGACGCCCGAUCUACUACGGUGAGGUGCUCGCUACCUAUGUUCCCGAUGAGACCGGCGACUACAAGUUUGGCUUGACCGUUUACGGAACCGCCAAGCUCUUUGUGGACGGCAAGCUCAUUAUCGACAACGAGACCGUCCAGCGACCCGGUGAAUCUUUCUUCACCCGCGGUACUGUUGAGGAGGUUGGCGUCGUGCACCUCGAGGCUGGCAAGUCGUACAACAUCAAGGUCCACUUUGGAAGCGCGAAGACUACCAAGCUAAAGUCCAACUCGGUGUCUUUCGCCGGCGGUGGUCUCCGUGUUGGUGUCGGCCGUGUUAUCGACGAGGAGGCCGAGAUCCUGCGUGCCAUCGAGGUGGCUAAGGGCGUCGACCAGGUCGUUGUUUGCGUUGGUACCAACGGCGACUGGGAGUCUGAGGGUUUCGACCGUUCCAACAUGGAUCUUCCCGGAAAGACCAACGAGUUGGUUUCCAAGGUUAUCGACGCCAACCCGAACACCGUCGUUGUUGUCCAGUCUGGUAUGCCUGUUGAGAUGCCGUGGGCUGACAAGGCCAAGGGUAUUCUCGAGGCCUGGUUCGGCGGUAACGAGACCGGAAAUGCGAUUGCUGAUGUCCUCUUUGGCGACGUCAACCCGUCCGGAAAGCUUCCCUUGACGUUCCCCAAGAAGCUGAUUGACAACCCGACAUACCUCAACUUCCGAUCGGAGCGCGGCCGUGUUUUGUACGGUGAGGAUAUCUACGUUGGAUACCGUUACUACGAGGCUGUUGAGAAGGAGGUUCUUUUCCCCUUUGGCCACGGUCUUUCGUACAGCACAUUCGAACUCUCUGACCUCUCGGUGUCGGCUACCGCUGACAAGGUUGUGGUGUCGAUCAAGGUUACCAACAAGGCUGGACCUUCCGGUGCUGAAGUCGUGCAGUUCUACAUCAAGCAGCACAACCCGAGCAUCAAGCGCGCUCCCAAGGAGCUCAAGGGUUACAAGAAGGUCUUUGUGCCCGCUGGCGAGACCGUCACCGCCUCGGUGGAGAUUGAUCUCAAGUACGCGACCUCGUUCUACGACGAGACCCGCAAGGCCUGGAUCAGCGAGAAGGACACUUACAGCGUGCUGGCUGGUACCUCGAGCGACAAGGUUGCGCUUGAGGCCACGUUCGAGACCGCAAAGACGUUCUGGUGGACUGGUCUGUAAAUGCCAGAUAUGUAAAUGGGUUUUAUAUAGCAAAAUGUAGUGGGGCAAGUAUCUAGUAUGAAUGUUCUUGUCGGCAAAUAAAAUUUGUAUUUAGCAU